AUGGCUACGCGUGGCUGGACUCCUUCAAUGACAGAGGCAACGCCUUCGCGGCUGGUAGACAUUCCAUUGGAGACCACGAAGAAGCCGAGCUAUACCGAUGCGCUGAGACAAUUUUCGCUGACCAACGAAUUGCAGCGCCUGCCACACGUACCAUGUGCGCGCACGACGCUGCUCAUGGGCAUGGCGACAGGGGCCGCCGUUGGCACGAUCCAGGUGAUAUUUGGACGAGGAAUCAUGCGAUCCAUGAACUGGGCCGUGGGGUCCUUUGUGUGUAUCUCGGUGCUAGGAUGGUAUGUGGUAUGCAGCUCACCGGCAGGGAGACAUGUCGUCGAUCGCACGCGGCCGAGCAGGCGCGCAUGCAUGACAUUAUUGUACAGCACGAAAAGCGACUGGAAAGUCGUAGUGACCAUGUACAGACAUCUGAACCAGGCAUGA